GACGUAAAUAGAUGCCACACGGUCAUGACGACGCCUUCAUUGUCAUUUAUUUUAAUUCUCAAAAUUGAUACAAUAUUCUUACUUGAAUUUGUUUUUAGAAAACAAUAAAAAUUAAAAAAACAAAUUGCAUCUGAAUUGAUGAACAAUCUUCUUGAUAAUUUUAGUUGAUUUUAAUAAAAAUGAGUCGAAGGAGAGCGCAUGAUGAUGAUGAUGGAUACGAUAGAGUUUAUAAGAAGCGAAGACGAGUUUCAGAAAAUCAAGAGAUUGAAGAUCGACUGGAAUCUCUUAUUUUACGAGUUGGAGAAAAAUCUACUUCAUCAUUAGAGAGUAAUUUAGAAGGAUUAGCUUCUGUUUUAGAAGCCGAUUUAGGAUUAUUUAGAAGUAAGAUUUUACGAAUAUUAACAGAUUGUGCCAUUAAAAUGCCCGAGAAAUGUACAAUCUAUACAACUUUAGUUGGUUUAUUAAACGCUAAAAAUUUUAAUUUUGGCGGAGAAUUUGUUGACUACAUGGUUAAAAAUUUCAAAGAUGCGUUAAAAGCAGGCAAAUGGGAUGUAGCUAGAUAUUCCUUAAGAUUUUUAGCAGACUUAGUUAAUUGUCAUGUUUUAUCAUGUGGUUCAUUAAUGCAGUUAUUUGAUAGUAUGCUUGAUGCAGCUAACGAAGAUAGUGUACCACAAGUAAGACGUGAUUGGUAUGUUUAUGCUGUUUUAUCGACGUUACCAUGGGUUGGAAGGGAACUUUAUGAAAAAAAAGAACAAGAGCUUGAUCAUCUUAUGGUAACAAUUGAAGUAUUUUUAAAUAAACGUAAUAAAAAACAUCAGCCAGCACUGAGAGUUUGGUUUAGUGAUGCGCCGCAUCCACAAGAAGAAUAUUUAGACUGUCUUUGGGCUCAAGUACGUAAAUUAAGACAAGAUAAUUGGGCAGAAAAACAUAUUCCAAGACCUUAUCUAGCUUUUGAUUCCAUAUUGUGUGAAGCUCUUCAACAUAAUUUACCUGUAUUAAUACCGCCACCACAUCAUGAUACAUAUAUUUAUCCACUGCCAACAGUGGUUUUUAGAAUGUUUGAUUACACAGAUUGCCCAGCAGAAGGUCCAGCAUUGCCAGGAAGUCAUGCUAUUGAAAGAUAUCUGAUGGAAGAACAUUUACGUCAAAUUAUAGAUACAUUUUACCAAGAAAGAAAAGAUUGUGCAGCCCAGCUCUUAAAUUUUCCCUAUAAAACUAAAAUUCCUUUAGAUUAUUGUGUAGUUGAAGUAAUGUUUGGUGAAUUAUUUAAACUUCCAACCCCAAAGCAUUUGGAAAUUUGUUAUGGAUCAAUUCUUAUUGAGCUUUGCAAAUUACAACCAUCAACAAUGCCCCAAGUAUUAGCUCAAGCAACAGAAAUAUUAUUCCGCCGUAUAGAUAGUAUGGCAGCAACUGCAUUUGAUCGGUUUGUUUGGUGGUUUUCUUAUCAUUUAAGCAAUUUUCAAUUCAGAUGGUCUUGGGAAGAUUGGGAUUCCUGUUUACAGCGUGAUGCUGAACAUCCACGACCAAAAUUCAUUCGUGAAGUCUUAUUAAAGUCAUUAAGAUUAUCAUACUACAAUAGAAUCCGAGAUAUGAUGCCUCAAACAUAUAUGGAAUUAAUACCCAUUACACCUGAACCUAUUUAUAAAUAUUCAUCUGAAGGAGCUAGUUCACUUGCCGGUACAUCAGUAGCGCAUGAACUUGUUAUGUCAAUUAGACGUAAAUGCACUCCAGAAGAGGCAUUAAAUGUUUUAAAUACUUUACCAGGGCCAGGAGAAAAUGAAGAAAACUAUUCGUUUAAUCCUUUGAAAAUUGAUGUAUUUGUACAAACUUUAUUAAAUUUAGGUUCAAAAAGUUUUAGUCAUAGUUUUGCAGCUAUUGGAAAAUUUCAUUAUGUUUUUAAAGUUCUUGCUGAAACUGAGGAAGCACAAAUUUGUAUUUUAAGAAAUAUGUAUGCCUUAUGGAAAAAUCAUUUUCAAAUGAUGGUUGUAUUAACUGAUAAAUUUUUGAAAACUGGAAUUAUAGAAUGCAGUGCUAUUGCUAAUUGGAUAUUCUCAAAAGAAAUGGCUUCUGAAUUUACAAAGCUUUAUAUUUGGGAAAUUUUACACCUUACUAUUCGUAAAAAAAAUAAACAUGUCAUUAAAUUAAGUAAAGAAUUAACCGAAGCGAGAGAGAAAUUACGACGUGCAGAAAGCAGAUCGGGUUCAUCGUCAGAUGAUGAAGACAAAGACAAAGGCGAAAGACCAUCAGAAGACAUAGUGGAAAGAAUGGAGGAAAAAUUGGAAGCAGCUCAAGGCGAUCAAAAAAAUUUGUUUUUAAUUAUUUUUCAACGCUUUAUAAUGAUUCUUUCUGAACAUUUGGCAAGAUGCGAUACAGAUGGCAUUGACUACAACACACAUUGGUAUAAAUGGACAAUUGGAAGACUUCAACAAGUAUUCCUUACACAUCAUGAACAAGUUCAGAAAUAUUCUUCAACAUUAGAAACAUUACUUUUUACUCCAGAUUUGGAUCCACACAUUUUAGAUGUGUUUCAUCAGUUUGUUUCUCUUCGAGCGUGAAUAUUUACUCCUUAAUUUCCUAUUCAAUCUUCCUUUUAAGACUGAUAAAAAGUCUUUGUAUAAUUUUCUUCUGAUAUUCAAUAAAGUAUUAGAAUUAUUAGA